AUGAUCUACAACUCUGAUGGCACUUUGGGUGAUGACCAAUCUCUAACAACUCUGUACGACAAUGCGACAUUAUGCGAUGAGUGCUUCAUUGAUAUGCUCACCGCAAGAGUGAACUCGUCUUAUCUUGGGGCUUCUACCUUCAACGACUACAUGAGCGCUGAGCUUUGGGCUGUUCUUGAAUGGUGUGAUGCAGACACCAAUAUCACUUUGCAAGCCUAUGCAACCUACGCCUCAUCCACAGGACCUCCAGUAGUUUCAACAACUGCUACCAGUGUGGUUAGCUCUGCUUUAGCGACUGCCACUUGUACGGGUCAGACAGUCUCUUUUUCGUCAUUGAGCGCAGCCUCGUCCACCUCAACAGCAUCCAGCUCGACAGUGAUCACCGAUGUUAAAAAGCGCCAGUUGUUAUCUGGAGUAUCCGCAGACCCGAACAUCACACAGGCAUGCCUAGAUAUAUCUUUGGAAUACUAUGUCCCCACUGCUGAAUGUGACAUCCAACUGGUGACCGACGAAUACAGCACCUGUGAUCUACUGGCCAGCGAGCUCACGGUGGCCAACAACACUGUGACGACGGUACAGCUGCUCACUUGGAAUCCUGCAAUUAUCGGAACCUGUGACAGCCUCCAAGUUGGCCAGUAUGUUUGUAUCACUCCACCCGGUGGAGCCUGGACACCUACCAUAGCCAAUAUCACCAACUCUACGUCCGAUGACAGCGGCGGCGUCACGCAGUCAUUUGCAACGACCUUCCUCACCGCUACAGCUACUAACAAUAUCACCACACCGACUCCCAUUCAGACGGGAAUGACUACAUCCUGUGAUGUAUUCUACUUUGUCGAGGCGAACGAUGAAUGUGAUACCAUUGCCUCGGAGUACGACAUUACACUCGCAGAGUUCUAUGCGUGGAAUCCAGCGGUCGGUACCGAUUGCUCCAUUCUCGAGGUGGGCACUUAUGUUUGCGUGGACAUUUUAAGCAACACGACUGCGACAACCACAAGCAGUAUCAGCACACCCUCUCCCAUGCAGACAGGCAUCACCUCUUCGUGUGACGAGUUUUAUCUUGUCGUAAGUGGGGAUGAGUGUAGUACAAUUGCCGAUCAUUACAGCAUCACACUCGCCGAUUUCUACGAUUGGAAUCCCGCAGUGGGCACCUCAUGUGCGAAUUUGGAAUUGGGAGAAUAUGUCUGCGUCGCUAUAUCGACCUCAAGUGCCACAAGUGGCGGUAUCACUACGCCUUCUCCAAUUCAAACCGGUAUGCCCUCCACUUGCGAUGAGUUCCACCUCGUCGUCAGUGGCGAUACUUGCUCUGUGGUGGCAUCCGAAUACGGAUUGACUCUCUCUCAAUUCUACGCCUGGAAUCCUGCUGUAGGAUCUGACUGUUCUACCCUUGACCUUGGAGAUUACGUCUGCGUGCACAUCUCAGUCACAACGCCGAGCCCGAUCCAAACUAGCAUGUAUUCAGAAUGUGAUAGCUUUUACUUGGUACAGAGCGGUGAUUCUUGCGACGCAAUCGCGACUGCAGAAAGUAUCUCACUGGCGUCACUGUAUGCAUGGAACCCCGCCGUGGGGACGAGCUGUGCGGAUUUGUAUUUGAGCUAUUAUAUCUGUGUUGGUGUGGAGCCCACUCCGAUGACCACUUUGGCAGAUACUGUGGCUAAGAGAACUAUGAUGCUUGCUGACGCAGUUUCAAUGAUCACCCCGGCACCAAAGGCGAGAUUAAACUAG